UUUGAUUUGAGGAACCAUAUAUGUUCAGAACUAAAAAGAUAAUGAAGAAUAGUAUUUUUUAUUGAGUGGGCCAAGUAUCAAUACUAUGGCCCAAUCCAUUUCAUAAAAUGUGUUGUUGUAGUAUUGUAACAUAAAAAGGGACGUUUCGUUGGAAAGAGUGGAAAAUGUCUUUCAGGGUUCCAAGGUAGUAGGCAAAAAGACAUGGCAUGCAACCCAAAUCAAAACCAAAGAGAAGGAGAAGGAUUGAUGUCUGGUUCAAGAAAGUCUUACUACGGUUACAUACCAGACGAUGAUUUGUGCGAAGUAAGUGAGAACUCUGUUUUGGAAAAGAUAGAUCAAAUGGUUAGAGAAGUUGGUGAGCCAUCUAAACAGAAAAAGUCUGUCAAGAAAGUGGGAAAAAAAGUUGGUGAGAAAUCUGUUAAAAAUGCUAUGAACAACUCUAUGGCUUCGGUUAAUUUUCAUGUGGCAAAAUCAGAUAUGGAAAAGGGAAAGUCUGUUAUGCAUCCUAUUAAAAUAGAAGACGAAUCUGAUGAUGAAGGAACCUUACAAUCCCAAAGAAUGGCAAAGCUGAAAAACCAUCUUAAGUCGCGCUUCACAAUCUUCACAUACAACAUUUGAGAGUCGGGGUGAUAUCGAAAAACCAACUUAUCUCCAACGCUGAACUUCUUUGAUUCAGCGUAUUCAUAAUCAUACCAACCAUAACCAAGAUACAUUUGUUUCCUACCAUUCAAAGAUUUCAUGAUCUCACAAUCAUAGUAGUCCAUAGUGUCGAGAUCCGGCAUGGUACACUCCAUUUGGUUUGGAAGAACACCCCUCCUUAUAACAUCAACUAGAAAUUGCUGCAUAAAAUGACACAAUAACAAUUACCUGAGCAUGGUUGGAAGUCUUAUGUAAAAAACAUAAAAUAGAGUAGAUAUUUUUUACUCUUAAAAUUUGUUUAGUAUAUUACCAAAACAUGUCUUCCUCCCUUUAUUGACUUUGUAAUCUUUUUCUCCCACCAAAUAUCAGGCUCCAACCAUCUCAGUGCUUGAAACACAGCCUCAUCUGGAUUAUUAUCCUGAUUAAUAUUCAUAUCAAGCUGGACAUCAUCAGAUGGACCUAUGAUGUUGGGAUCAACCUGUUGAGGAUGAACAUUGGUCUGGUUCAUGUUGAUCUCAGGGAACACUGCAUCAACUUGAUCAUUACUUGGAAAUUAGUUCACCUCUUCAACAGGUUUUCCAAUGAUUUCA